AUAUGACAAACUUUCGUUCUCUUCGGCCAUAGUGGGAAUGUGUUUAAUUGAUAAUAUCUAUUUAUUAAAAUUCAUUUUAUCAAAAUAAGUGAUUAGUACUUAAAGUUGUAUAUCUCUUAUCAUAGGAUAAGACUCUUUUUGUAUGUGUGAAACUAUUAAAAAAUCGAAAAUAUAGUGAUACCCAUCGUCGAGAAAAAUGUUAUUGUGUGCUAAGUUUCAUAAUGGCGGUCUGUCGCGUCCCCCGCGCCUCCAUUUCGAUGACAGUCAAAUUAUGACAAUGCCGAUACGUAAAUUCCUAAAAAGUGCAAUGUUUUCAUAACUGUUAUACCUAGUGUAGUGAUAAAUCAAAUCUAUAAAGACUUAAAAUGAAUCAGGAUCACCACAAUAUAAACACGGGUGGUGGCCAGCCACCAGGCAAUUCUGAGCCUCAAACUCAGAGAGUUCAAUCAUCGCAGCAGCAACAGCAGCAGCAAACACAAAAUAACAGUUUAACUCCCACAACAUCUGCCACUGAUUUACGGGUCAAUUCGGCGGCAGUAAACGUUGCUUUGUCAAGCGUAGCUAAAUAUUGGGUGUUUACUAAUUUGUUUCCGGGUCCAAUACCUCAGGUGUCAGUGUAUGGCGUGCCCACUGGUGCAAGAAUUGAAAAUGGAAAACCUGUACAGGAUCUAGGUCAAGCGCAUGCUAGUAUCUUGAAUGGUGAUCCUAGUAUUAUACUAGGUCAUGCAGGACAACCCCAGGUCACAGUAUCAGCUGCGGGACAACAGAUUCCUGUCUCCCAGAUAAUCGCAACUCAAUCAACACAAGGACAUGAUUCGCUGGUCGGUCACGGGUCGGGUGAAUCGGGCGGUUCGCUGGCAACACCCUCGCAGGUACCCAAUCGGGUCGAGUUUGUACAACAUAACGUUGACAUGGGUCACCACUCGCAGCAGCAUCUGAUGCAACAACAGCUAGCCAUGGCAAGACCCGACCACGCCAAUCAACAGAUCCAGCUCACUGUGAGCGAGGAUGGGAUAGUAACAGUGGUGGAGCCGGGCGGAAACAAGUUGGUUGACAAAGAAGAACUACACGAGACUAUAAAGAUGCCCACAGAUCAUACACUCACUGUACACCAACUGCAACAGAUUGUUGGACAUCAUCAGGUGUUAGACAGCGUGGUUCGCAUCGAGCAGGCCACGGGCGAGCCGGCGAACAUACUUGUGACUCAAAAUCCCGACGGUACCACCUCCAUAGAAACUAGCGCCGCAGACCCGUUGACGGUCAAGGAUGAAAAAGGAACUAAAAUGGAGACCGCACAGUUCGCCAUACCAGCCGAAAUCAAAGACAUCAAGGGCAUUGACCUUAAGAGUGCGAUGGGUAUGGAAGGCGCUGUGGUAAAGAUAUCAACUGGCUCCGAACAACACGAUCUACACACCAUGUAUAAAGUUAAUGUCGAAGAUUUAUCACAGUUGUUAGCCUAUCAUGAGGUCUUUGGAAAAUUAAACACUGAGGGACAACCCCAAGCUAAGGUGAUAAACGAAGUGGAAGUUGAGGCCGGAACUAGCGCUGCCAUGUCGGAAGCGGAGUCAUCUCCCGGCCAUCAUUCUUGUGAUAUAUGCGGGAAAAUAUUCCAGUUCAGAUAUCAACUUAUAGUACACAGACGGUACCAUGGCGAAAACAAACCACAUACAUGUCAAGUGUGCGGGUCCGCUUUCGCUAAUCCAGUUGAACUGUCCAAACAUGGGAAAUGUCAUUUGGCGGGAGAUCCGACCGAGCGCCAGGCCAAACGUCUUGCUCAGGACAAACCGUAUGCUUGUUCUACUUGCCACAAGACGUUCUCGCGUAAGGAACACCUCGAUAACCACGUGCGAAGUCACACUGGAGAAACACCCUAUAGAUGUCAGUUCUGCGCCAAGACGUUCACUCGCAAGGAGCACAUGGUGAACCACGUCCGUAAACACACGGGCGAGACUCCGCACCGCUGUGAGAUCUGCAAGAAGAGCUUCACGAGGAAGGAGCACUUCAUGAACCACGUCAUGUGGCAUACCGGUGAAACACCGCACCAUUGUCAAAUAUGCGGCAAGAAGUAUACUAGGAAGGAGCAUUUAGUGAACCAUAUGAGAUCCCAUACAAACGAUACUCCCUUCAGAUGCGAUCUGUGCGGCAAAUCAUUCACCAGAAAGGAACACUUCACCAAUCAUAUAUUGUGGCACACUGGUGAGACUCCCCACCGCUGCGACUUCUGUUCGAAGACUUUUACCCGUAAGGAGCAUCUUUUAAACCACGUGCGACAACACACGGGCGAGUCUCCGCACCGCUGUAACUACUGCGCCAAGUCAUUCACACGGCGAGAACAUCUCGUGAACCACGUGAGGCAACAUACUGGCGAGACGCCAUUCCAGUGUGGAUACUGCCCUAAGGCUUUCACUAGAAAGGAUCAUCUUGUAAACCACGUCCGGCAGCAUACUGGGGAGUCUCCACAUAAAUGUUCCUUCUGCACGAAGUCUUUUACUCGCAAGGAACAUUUGACCAACCACGUGCGUCAACACACAGGAGAAUCUCCGCAUCGGUGUAUUUAUUGCUCCAAAUCUUUCACUAGAAAAGAACAUUUAACUAAUCACAUUAGACAACAUACGGGCGAGACUCCUCACAAGUGCACGUACUGUCCGCGUGCGUUCGCGAGGAAGGAACACCUCAACCAGCACGUGAGGCAGCACGUGGGCGACUCCCCGCACACCUGCUCCUACUGCCAGAAGACCUUCUCCAGGAAGGAACAUCUAGUAACUCACGUCCGACAACACACGGGUGAGACUCCAUUCAAAUGCACCUUCUGCGCCAAAUCGUUCAGUCGAAAAGAGCAUCUAACGAAUCACGUUCAUCUUCAUACCGGCGAAACGCCGCACAAAUGCCCCUUCUGUACCAAGACGUUCUCGAGGAAGGAACACUUGACUAAUCAUGUUAGGAUCCACACAGGAGAAUCUCCACAUCGAUGUGAAUUCUGUCAGAAGACAUUUACCCGUAAGGAGCAUUUGACGAACCAUCUAAAGCAACACACCGGCGACACGCCGCACGCCUGCAAAGUGUGCUCCAAACCAUUCACUAGAAAAGAACAUCUCAUUACUCACAUGAGGUCUCACAGCUGUGGCGAGCGACCAUAUAGUUGUGGCGAAUGCGGCAAAUCCUUCCCUCUGAAGGGCAACCUAUUAUUCCAUGAGCGAUCUCACAACAAAAACAACGCAGCUAACAAGCCGUUCCGAUGUGAUGUGUGCUCCAAAGAGUUUAUGUGCAAAGGUCAUCUAGUAACACAUAAGAGAACUCACACGGACACUGAAACACCGGCCGCUGAAACGGCUCCAGAAGAUGAUUGCGGAGAUUUCACAAAAUGCGAAAAAGACGCUGAUAGACCUGAACGAAAGCACGACAUUAGGACAACAACAGAAAAUAGACCAGCGGAAACGAAUGUCACAAGCAAUCAGCCAACAAAUACAGCAGUGAUGCAAAUAACUAGCCAGGAAGUUAGAACGUGCCCCACAACAAGCACGCCAUCUGUUGCCGGUACAUACACACAUACAAAUACCCAUCACAGUGGAACGAUAACACACCAUCCAGUGUCCGUGAAUUACUAGCAUACUAAAUUGGACACCAAUAUCGCUGUCUUGGACAGAUAAUAUGAACUUAACUGGCCAUAAAUUUUAAACUCUGCAAAAUUGAAGCUACGUUUAAGUUAAUGUCCAGUUACCUACAUCAAAUAACUUUUUCGCUUGGAAAGAACUAUAUAUUAAGUGUAGUGGUGGUUCAUUAAUAUAAAUAACUAAAUUAAAGUAUAAAAACUAUUUUUCAAAAUGUUUGCGGAUGUGAAUACUAUAGAUGUAAACAAUGUAAACUAGUAUGUAAAGAAAAUAUUUCAUUAGUUUUAUUAUAAAUUAAAAUACGAUAUAAUUUUUAUGUUAAUCAUACGGCUUGCACUUUAUAAAAUUAUGUAAUAUAUAGUCUGAUUUAGUAUAUUUUAUAACACAGCUAAUUUGUGAUUUAAGAUAGUGGUUCUGGUUUAAAUCCUAUAUUAUAUUUAGAGCUUACUUAUAUUAAGGUUUAUACAAGUCUUCAUUUCUAUUUACAUUUAAUAUGCAGUUUAUCAGAGUAACAACUGUUUCCACACCUAACACCUAGUUCUGUGUAACAAUUAAAUAAUCUAUCAUACAGUUGCAUCUAUAACAUAUUAACAAAGCAAAAUAAUAUUAAAACCUAAUGCAAUACAUACAUUCCUCGUUGUAAGCCUUGGUCAAUACACAAUAUAUUAUGAGAUGGUUUUUUUUGUUCCGGCUUAUAGAGAUUGAAAAGCAAUUUGUUUAACACCCAUACAUUUGUAUGUUAUAUUUUUUAUUUUGCAAAUAUUUUAUUUACAAUGUAAAUAGGGACCAGGGAGCAAGAUGUCUAUUAAAACAAUACGGUGAAAUACUUAUAACACUAUAUAAUUUAUUUAUUUACUUUUUAUUCUCAUAUACUUUAAUCAUUAGUCUUAUAGUUAUUCUUUGCCAUUUAUGUACAGUACAACGUGUGAUAAAUUGAUAGUUUCUUAAGGCUGGAAUUGUAUAGAUGUUACUGGUGGUUUAUAUGCUUAGCUUAGUUGACCCACCAGUAGGAGAAGUGGUGUUGUAAUCACUUCUAUGAUCACUGUAACAGCUUGUAUAUCAUAGUUUGUAAUUAAAUGUAAAUAUAAGACCUAUGUCAUAGUUAUAUAUAGUAUACAUAAGUUAAAUAUAUCAUUUAUGUUAUGCUAUUUUAUGGAGAUAUUAUGUGUUAGAUUGUGGGAUUUUACGAUUUUAAAUCACCUGGUACGUUACUUUAGUUACUUUUAUAACUCUGUGCUAUCAGCGAGAUAAACCAUCAAUAUGAUAAACAUUGUCUCUCAGGUGGUGCCACUUUUAUUUAUAUUUUAUAGAAGAUAAAAACUUUAUAUAGACCAUAGUAAGUACUAAAAUCUUAAAUUAUGUUCAGUAAUUUGAUAUGGAUGAGAUUAAAAUGUAAAAGAAA